AUGAAUUGUGAAAUAAAGUUGAUUGGAGAUUUGUAUGGGGUUUUGGUUUUAUCUUAAGAUGUUGAUUAAGUGGUCUUUCCUAUCCUAAUUAAAAUAUUGAAAAGAGAGAAAAUUUAAGACUGCUUAAAAUUUCUCUCAGAACAUCUAAAUCUAAGGCAAGUCAAAUAAGAAAUAUAAAAGGGAGAAAAUUAAUCAUCAUCAUUUGGUAAGGAAUAGAUGGACAAUAUUGAAAAGAGUAACAUUGAGAGAAUAGCAGAUGUUCUCAAAAAACUUAAGGAUAAUGAAUUUAAUGAAAAGAAUUACUCAAUAGAUGAAUACGAAGAAAUUAAGAAAAAUCUGAUAAUAAAAAUAUCUUGGGAUAAGAAGAUUAUAGAAUUCCUAAAAUUUUUAACUCAACUUACUGGCUUGGAUGAGAGAUACAUAUAGUGUGGAUCAAAUUCUCUUCAUUUACUAGUUCUUAUGAAAGUUGACUUGAAAGAAUCAUGUUUUGAGAAUAUAAGAAUAAGAAAUACUUCAAUUAUAGGAGCUAACUUGGUAAGAUGUGACUUAAGUGGAUCUGAAUUAGAUAGUGUUAUUAUCAGUGGAUUGAAUUUGAAUUCAGCCAAAUUAUUUAAAUGUAAAUGGAGGAAUUUAAGAAUAGAUGAGUUAAAUAAGUUUAGUGAUCAUAGUGGUUAAGUCAAUUAAGUUUGCUUUUCUCCAGAUGGUAAGUCAUUAGCUUCUUGCAGUGAGGACCAAUCUAUUUGCUUGCGGAAUGUUAAAACAGGGAAAAAAAAGUCCGUAAUUAAAGGAGAGGGGAAAGUAAAAUCAUUAUGCUUCUCACCGAAUAAUACGACUUUAGCUUUCAGUUGUUAAAAAUUUGUGUAUUUAUGGAAUUUUAAAUCAAGGAAAUAAUUAGCAACUUUAAAUGGCCAUUUGGAUUUGGUUUAUUCAGUCAAUUUCUCUCCUGAUGGUAUUACAUUAGCAUCUGGUAGUGAAGAUAACUCCAUCCGUUUAUGGGAUGUUAAGACAGGAUAAUAAAAAGCCAAAUUAGAUAGUCAUUCAUCAGCUGUAUUUUCAGUCAAUUUCUCUCCUGAUGGCUCAACAUUAGCAUCUGGUAGUAGCGAUAAGAGUAUUCGUUUAUGGGAUGUUAAGUCAGGAUAAUAAAAAGCCAAAUUAGAUGGCCAUUCAUCAGCUGUAAGGUCAGUCAAUUUCUCUUCUGAUGGUACUACAUUAGCAUCUGGGAGUUAUGAUAACUCUAUGCGUUUAUGGGAUGUUAAGACUGGAUAAUAAAAAGCCAAAUUAGAUGGUCAUUCAUCAGCCGUAACUUCAGUCAAUUUCUCUCCUGAUUGAACUACGUUAGCAUUUGGCAGUUAUGAUAACUCUGUCCGUUUAUGGGAUGUUAAGACUGGAUAAUAAAAAGCCAAAUUAGAUGGUCAUUCAAGUUGGGUUAAUUCAGUCUGUUUCUCUCCUGAUGGUACUACAAUAGCUUCUGGUAGUGGAGAUAACUCUACCCAUUUAUGGAAUGUUAAGACUGGAUAAUAAAAAGCCAAAUUAGAUGGUCAUUCUAAUUAUGUAACGUCAGUCAAUUUCUCUCCUGAUGGUAUUACAUUAACAUCUGGUAGCAAUGAUAACUCUAUCCGUUUAUGGGAUGUUAAGACAGGAUAAUAAAAAAACAAAUUAGAUGGUCAUUCAUCAUCUGUAAUAUCAGUUAAUUUCUCUCCUGAUGGUACUACAUUAGCAUCUAGUAGUUGGGAUAAUUCUAUCCGUUUAUGGGAUUUUAAGACAGGACAAUAAAAUGCAAAAUUAGAUGGUCAUUCAAAUUGGGUUAAUUCAAUCAAUUUUUCUCCUGAUGGUACCACAUUAGCAUCUGGUAGCAGAGAUUACUCUAUCCGUUUAUGGGAUGUUAAGACAGGAUAAUAAAAAAACAAAUUAGAUGGUCAUUCAGCAUCUGUAAUAUCAGUUAAUUUCUCUCCUGAUGGUACUACAUUAGCAUCUGGUAGUUAUGAUAAGUCCAUCCGUUUAUGGGAUGUUAAAAUAGGAUAAUAAAUAGCCAAAUUAGAUGGUCAUUCAAGUUGUGUUAAUUCAAUUUGUUACUCUCAUGAUAGUACUACAUUAGCAUCUGGUAGUAGUGAUAAGACUAUCCGUUUAUGGGAUGUUAAGACUGGAUAAUAAAAAGCCAAAUUAGAUGGUCAUUCUAAUUAUGUAACGUCAGUCACUUUCUCUCCUGAUGGCGCUACAUUAGCAUCUGGUAGUUGGGAUAAGUCUAUCCGUUUAUGGGAUGUUAAGACAGGAUAAUAAAAAGCAUAAUUAGAUGGUCAUUCAUAUGCAGUCAAUUCAAUUUGUUACUCUCCUGAUGGUACUACAUUAGCAUCUGGUAGUGAAGAUAACUCUAUCCGUUUAUGGGAUGUUAGGACAGUAUAAGAAAUCUUAUCUUCAGAUAAUCGUUCUAAAGAGAUUUUAGCAUAAUUUUAGCCUCCAAAUUUGGAAAACAAUAUUCUUUUGGAGAGUGGUAUUUAUAAUUUCUUAUCAUUUAGUUUCAGUUCCUAUUACGAUUCUUCUGAUAUCACAAUAGCCAAUAUUUUAAUCUUAAGGAGCUCUUAUUUAGAGAGGAGAAUUUGUAAAUUACCAAGGUGUAGAUCUAAAACCAUUAUUCAAAUCAAAAGGAAGUUUCAUUUUAGAAAACUAAUUGAAAUAUAAUUACAAUACAAAUUGA